AUUGGUCUAUUCGAGAGGUCAGAGGUUGAUAUGUAAAUAUCCAACAUGGCGGCGCCCGUAGAUGACAUGUUUUCUCGCUGCGUGGAUCCUGCCAAAGCCAGUAAUUGCGUGGAGGUCCGAUUUAUCGAUAAUGUUAAGGGCAAAGGAUUAUUCGCGAAAAGACCCUUCAAAAAGGGUGACACCAUUUUUAUUGAGCAACCUCUAGUCUCAUCCCAGUUCUUGUGGAAUGCCUUGUACAAAUACAGAGCAUGUGAGUACUGUCUGCGAGCUCUGGAGACGGCGGAGGAGAACGCCAGGCGCUUGAGUGGUCUGCCGGCUCUCAGUCUGCCUCACCCCGAGCUGUGUAAAGUGCGUCCGGAUCGACACCAGGCCUGUCCACACUGUCAGGUGAUGUACUGCAGCGCUGAGUGCCGGCAGGCUGCAUGGGAGCAGUACCACAAGCUCCUGUGCCUCGGCCCGUCUCACCGUGAUCCAGAUCAUCCGCUCAACAAGCUGCAGGACGCGUGGCGGAGUGUCCACUAUCCUCCGGAAACAUCCAGUAUCAUGAUAAUGGCAAGGAUGGUGACCACCAUUAAGCAGGCUCAAGAUAAGGGACGCUGGCAGAGGCUGUUCUCUCAUUUUUGUAGCCGUACAGCAAAUGAAGAGGAGGAAAUAGUUCAUAAAUUGUUAGGAGAGAAGUUUCAGGGACAGCUGGCCUUGCUGCGUAAUCUGUUUACUACAGCGCUGUAUGAGGAUCGUCUCAGUCAGUGGUUCACCCCAGACGGGUUUCGCUCUCUAUUUUCACUCGUUGGGACCAACGGUCAGGGUAUUGGCACCAGUUCUCUGAGUCAGUGGGUUCAUGCGUGUGACACGCUGGAGCUUCCCAGCCAGCAGAGGGAGCAACUGGACGCUUUCAUCGACCAGCUGUACAAGGACAUCGACACAGAAACCGGCGAUUUCCUCAACUGCGAGGGCUCCGGUCUUUUCCUGCUGCAGAGCUCUUGUAACCACAGCUGCGUUCCCAAUGCGGAGGCGUCUUUCCCCGACAACAACUUCCUCCUUCACCUCGCGGCCCUCAGCGACAUCAGCCCCGGAGAGGAGAUCUGUAUCAGCUACCUGGACUGCUGCCAGCGAGACAGGAGUCGUCAUAGCCGACACAAGAUCUUGAGGGAGAAUUAUUUAUUCGUCUGUUCCUGUCAGAAGUGCGUGUCCCAGAUGGAUGAUGCAGAUAUGACAUCCGAGGAUGAGGAGGAAGCGGAAGGUGAAGGAGAAACGGAGGGAGACGACAUGGAGGAUGAAAUGACCGAUGUGUGAUUGCACUCAGGUUUCUCGGCUCACCUGAACCACCUCACCUGUUUGUUUGUGGACUUUUCCGAUGUGAUCCUGACCCCAUCACAGGGCAUAAUAUCUCCAACAUCACACUUACAGUAGCAGUACGGUUAACUGUCUGGCUGUUAUAACCCUAAUAUCAAAGCCUAUGCAAAAUAUAAGUGCGCUAUUUUUAUCAUGUGCUUUUUUGUCAUGAUUUCUACCAUGCAAUGUCUCAAGAAUUAUGUUUAAUAAGACACUGGUUUCAUGUGCAGAAUUCAAACAUUCUUUGUUUUUGACACCAUGAUGUGCUUGAUAAAGCAAGUAGCUCCAAACAAAAACUGUGACCGAGCUUGAAACAUGAUCUGUCUGUGCACUAAUGGGUUAUACAUUAUACAAUAACCUUUCAAAAGAACACGAAUCCUCUGUUUUAUCACAUCUCAGAGAAACUGUACAGUCAUCGGAUCAAGAGAACUUGUUCAUGUUACUUUAAAGUGUCUGAAAAUCAACCGUUAAUCAAAACUGACCCUGUUUACUUAUUGUAUGCACAGAUUUGAUUCACCUUUCAAACGAUAUUUCUUUUCAGCUGACGUCACUUAGGUCACACGGGCACAGAAAAAAUAAAUCAAUUUAUAUCCAAAUAACUAGUUAGACAUUGUUUUAGGUUAUUGCUGUAGCCUUUCUGAAAUCUUGGCAAUAGUUAAUGUAAAUUUAAUUAAGGUUAUGACAAUAAUAACAGUAGUUAUAUAUGCAAUAGUAAGAACAACAAGAUUUCAAAAAGUGUGCAUCAGUGGUUUUUAUUUGUGUAGCACUUUUCACAAUCCAUAAUGUCUCAAAACAGCUUUAAAUAAAAUGUUUUAAACCAGUGAGAGAACCAUAAGAGAAAAAAACACAAGUUGUUUAGGUAGUGAAGGGAAAAACCUUGAGAGACUCAUUUAUCAUAUAUACUUAAAUAAACAUACACUAGUAUUAUUUUUGAGUCUCUUCUGCUCAUUUGAUCAAAAUACAGUAAAAACAGUAAUAUAUUAUCACAGUAAUAACUUCUCUCUUUGAAUAUUGUUUAGAAUAUCAUCUUCUUCUUUUUUUUUUUUUUUUACCCGGUGAUCAAAGCAAAGAAACAUUUCUGACUAUUAUCAAUGUUGAAAACAGUUGUGCUGCUUCAUAUUUUUGUGGAAACUGUGAUACUCUAGUAUUUAAAAGUUUGGGGUAAGUAAUGUUUAAAAAUAAUAAUAAUAGUUAGUUUAUGUAAGGAUGCAUUAAAUUGAUCAAGAGUGAUAGUAAAGGCUUUUUAAUGUUACAAAAGUUUUUUGUUUCAAAUAAAUGUUCUUUUGAACUUUCUAUUCAUCAAAGAAUCACGUGUCAUGGUUUCCACAAAAAUAUUAAGCAGCAAAUACUGUUUUCAACAUUGUUGGUCAUAAUAAGAAUUAUUAAUUAAUAAUAUUAAUUAAUAAUAGAGCACAAAUUCAGUAUAUUAGAAUGAUUUCUGAAGGAUCAUGUGACACUGAAGACUGGAAUAAUGAUGCUGAAAAUUCAGCUUUGAUCACAGGAAUAAAUUACAUUUGAAUAUAUAUUCACAUAGAAAACAGCUAUUUUAAAUUGUAAUAAUAUUUCACAAUAUUCCUGUUUUUACUGUAAUAAAUGCUACCUUGGUAAGAAUGAGAGAUUCAUUCCAAAAACAUUAAAAAACUUAAUUAUUACAAACUUAUGGCGUAUGCA